UCUACAUGGUCUACAUACUAGUCCUUGCCUGAAUAUUUCACCGAUUAGAUCUCUCACGAAGAUAUUCUUGUUUCUGUGGUAUUGUUCUGUUGACGAACUGAAGACCACCAUUCAAUUCCUAAUUUGCGUGUACACUGCUGUAUUUGGUGACAAGAACAGAGAAGAGAGGACCAGGACCGAUCGGUGUGAAUUGGGAAUAAUAAUUACAUUUUUGCAGUGUGAAGCUAUUUUGAAUUCUCAUUUUUCCUAUUUCAACUGGUCCGAAGCACCAUCAACUCCGGCUAGAUUUGGCUGGUACAGCCUAGCUGGUGCUGGAUGAGUUGGAUCUGAUGGUCGUAGAGUAAUUUUCAUUGGCAGGCUCUGUCCCAUUGGUGGCCAUUCAUCCUAUAUCGUUUGAGAACAAUGGCUUUGUUCGGAGCCCUACACACUGCUACACAUGUCCUGAUUGCCACUAGUGCAUUUCUGCUGCUACUGGGCACGGUUGGCCGGGCUGGCGCAUUCGACCCGUCAGAGCUGGAGAUAUUCGACCUGGUCGAGGAGCUGGGCACGACAACGUUCUACGAGCUACUCGGCGUCCAGCAGGAUGCCAGCAGUGCUGAAAUACGGCGCGCGUACCGCAAGCAAAGCCUCGUCUUCCACCCGGACAAGAACCACGAGGAGGGCGCUGAGCUGAAAUUCCGGCAGAUCGCGGCCGUGGCCGAAAUACUGCGCGACGAGGAGAAGCGCGCCAUCUAUAACCGCGUGCUGGUGGAGGGCCUGCCUAACUGGCAGCAGCCGGUGUACUACUACCGGCAGGUUCGGCGUAUGGGCACGGCCGAGCUGCUGCUGGCGGUGGGUAUCAUUUCGACCGUCGUCCACUACGGCUUCCUGUGUGCGGUCUUCCUGGAACAGUACUACCAGGCCGAGGUAGAGACGGCCAAGCGCAGCAGGCGCAAGGGUAAGAAAGCCAAGAGCGGCGGCCAGCCGGCGGAUGCUGGCGACGAGUCUGAGGAGGUGCGCCGUACCCCGUUCCCCGGUCCGCUCAGCCUGCUGCCCAUAGUGCUGGUCAAGAAGCUGGUGCUGUUCGUGCUCAACGCGCCGUCGCGCUUGCAGCAGUGGAAAGCGGAGCGGCAGCAGCAGCGGGAGGAGGCCGAGCAAGCCCGCCGCGAAGAGGAUGAACGUCAGCGCCUGGCCAAGGAGGAAGCGGAACGCGCCGCAGAAAUGCGCCAGCGCCGAGUCCAAUACAAGCUCAAGCAGAAGCAGGAUCUUGUGCAGGAUCUGGGCGAUGACGAUAACGUAGAUUGGGGCAGGGUACCGAACGCGGCCGAAGCAAGCACCAGCGAGGCGAACGACACGGCCGAGAACGAAUCUACUCCCGCGUCGGCCAGGAAGCCGUGGACCGAGGAGGAGAUAACGGCGCUGACGCGAGCAUUUGUCCGCUUUCCCGGCGGCACGCUGAAGCGCUGGGAGAAGAUCGCCGACGAGGUGGGCCGCAGCGUGGGCGACGUGACGGCGCAAGUGAAGCAGCUCAAGCACCGCGUGGCUAAGGCAGCAGUGCCACCGGCCGCCGGCCUGGAAGCGUCCAAGCGUGCUGCUCAGUCCAGCGAGCGACUGACCAAGGACAUCACGGUGCGCACUAACGGCGAUGCCGGCGGUGCCGCUGCAUCCACAUCUGCGACAGCGGCUGCUGCCACGCAGCACUGGAGCCAGGAGCAGCAGAAACUACUGGAGCAGGCACUGCUGAAGCACGGUCGUGACGCAGCUGAUCGCUGGGAACGGGUCGCCGCCGACGUGCCCGGUAAAUCCAAGGGCGAGUGCAUGGCGCGCUACAAGCAAAUUGCCCUGCAGGUGCGGCAGCGCAAGUCCACGGCUGCCCCCGUGCAGGCAUCCAGCUAGCUACGGUUGAGCCACCCUGGUACACAUGUAUAACACAACCCACUAUAAUUAUUAUUUCGCUGUCUCUAUUGGCACAGGCAAAUACCUGUUCAUGAAAUCCACACUUGCCUGUCUUGAAAGUCUUGAUCUUCACGUCAUAGCGACGCUUAUUUACUUUCUCUGCUUUGCUCG